AUGUGGUCGCUGGUCCAAUAUCGCCGUCUCGGCAGGCAGGUUGAAGACGAGGUGCGAGCCGCAAGCCAUCUGCACAACGCGACUCACACGAGCAAGGAGAAACAAAACGACGCUUUUACGCUACCAAUAAUAGAAGGCGGCACUCUGGAGCAAGCAACUCUCGGAAACCAAGACGUGGGAGACGACAAUAUAUCGGCACAGAAGCACGGCGUCUCGCUGCACGGCCCGGACGCUGACGGCAAAUAUCUGGUCAGGACGUCGGGCGACGACGACCCCAUCGACCCGCGCAACUGGCCACUGCUGGGGCGGAGCAAGAACAUCGCCAUCCUGUCGCUGCUCAUCUUCGCGCAGGCGUGGGCUGGGGCGGCCGAGUCCAUGGCUAACGCGGCGGCGAGCCGCGAGUACGGCGUCAGCAGGGUGACAGAGAGCCUGUCAACGGCCAUGUACCUGUUCGGUAUUGGCACUGGCGCGUUCGUGGCUGGCCCCGUCUCAGAGACUGCCGGUCGCAACCCCACGUACCUUGUCUCGACGUUUUGCUACCUGUGGUUCGUGCUCGGCGCCGCCCUCGCCACCACGUCCUUUGGCGCGCGCAUCGCCUGCCGAUUCGGCGUCGGCCUGUUUGCGAGCGCUACGCUGAGUAUCAACGGCUCCAGCGCGCGCGACCAGUUCCGCCCCGUCAAGCGCUCGUUUGUGUUUCCCGUUAUUGCCUGGGCCAAUGUCGCCGCCCCUGUGAUUGCUCCCAUUGCGGGCGGGUGGAUAGUUGACAACCCCCGGCUUGGAUGGCGCUGGACCGAAUGGGUCACGCUGAUCAUCUCUGCCGUCGCUUUCCUCGUGGCCCUGCUGUUCCUGCCCGAGACGUACUUGCCGUUGAUCCUAGACUGGAAGGCGACUCACCUCCGCCGCAUCACGGGUGACUGCCGCUACAAGUCACAACAUGCCGAGGGGUCGUCGUUCGCCGCGAGCAUCAAAACCCAUCUCCUGCAGCCAGUAAGGUUCUUUUCCAGCGAGCCCGUCGUCGCUGUGCUCGGCGGCUACCUCGUGCUGCUCUACGUGCUGCUCUUCACGUUCCUCUCGGGCUUCGACUACAUCUUCAAAGACACGUACGGCCUGUCGACUGGCCAGACGGGCUCCUGCUUCGGUGCCAUCGCCGCGGGGGCCACAGCCUUCACCGUGCUGGCGCCGGGGCUGUACAGCUGGGCGCGGAUGCGGACAGAGCACGUGCGGGGCGCGUCGCUGGAGCCCGAGUUCCGCCUGUGGCCGGGAAUCGUGGCGGCGCCGCUGCUGCCCGUGGCGCUAUUCUGGCUCGGCUGGGGAAACUACGCCAGAAUCUCCAUCUGGUGCGGCCUGGCCGCGUGCUUCGUCUUUGGCGCCGUCCUGAUCGCGAUCUACGUCGGCAGCUACGAGUACAUUGUAGACAGCUACGGCAGCCGCUCGGCUAUUGCUCUGUCCAGCAUCACCAUGCUGCGCUACCUCGUCGCCGGCGCCCUCGUCAUAGCCACCCGGCCCCUGUACGAGACGCUUGGUGUUCACUGGACCAUGGCGCUGCUGGGUUGCGUUGCCGUUCUGCUGGCACCAGCCCCAUUUAUCUUCUGGAAGGUUGGGCCUAGGCUACGGGCCAAAAGUCCGUACGCCGUGGGUCAGGGAACUAAUACUAAGAAAUGAUGUUGGUUCCUGGAGUAUCUUCGAGUGCCGUUGGUCAUGGGCGACCAUAUUGACACACCUGUUCUUGCAAAUAUUGUCCCAGCCAUAAUGAGGCAGCCCGUACAUAG